CCCUGCUGCAAGUAGUCUUAAAAUCCAUUGCGCGUGCUGGCAUAUAUAAAAUAGAAAUAGAGGAACAUAAAUAAUUCUUGUAAAGUUCUUGAGUUGUUCGGAUGUGCAUUUUAAUACCCGUACAACGUUGUGCAAGUGUUUAUAAAUAAAAAUUGUUAAGUAGUGUCGAGAUACGACAAUCAAUUGCAGUAGGCGUGAAGAAAAGUUCGAAAUAUUGAAAAUUAUUAACAUAAAAGUAUUAUACAAUUUUUCAAUCUGAAGAAAAUUUUUUACUGAACGCAAUAAUAAAAUCAAUUAGUGUUUAAAGCAGCUGUCACGCAUUCGUUGAAAAAAAGAAAGCAGAUAAAAUGAGUGAAAAAGUGAACCAGCCGCUGAGUAAUGAAACCAGCAACGCCCAGGUGGCGACCGGCCUUAGUAAUAACAAUCGACAAAGUCAAGAUCAGCAGCAACAAACUACUGACCAACAAUCAGUUGAGAAAAAAGAAGUACGCGUCUGGUGCGAUGGAUGCUAUGAUAUGGUGCAUUUUGGCCAUGCCAAUUCCCUACGACAAGCCAAAGCGCUUGGCGAUAAAGUCAUCGUGGGCAUACACACUGAUGAGGAGAUCACAAAACAUAAAGGACCACCCGUAUUUACGGAGGAGGAACGCGUCAAAAUGGUCAAGGGCAUCAAGUGGGUGGAUGAGGUGGUGCUCGGUGCGCCCUAUGUGACAACACUCGAAGUGCUCGACGAAUACAAUUGUGAUUUCUGUGUGCAUGGCGAUGACAUCACUAUGACCGCAGAAGGCGUGGACACAUACCAUCUUGUGAAGUCAGCCAACCGCUACAAAGAAGUACGUCGCACUGCCGGUGUUUCAACGACGGAUUUAGUCGGACGUAUGUUAUUAUUGACACGCAAUCACUUCCAUCAAGGCUCUGCCGAAUAUGCUAUAGAGAAAGAAGACUUAACUAAAAAAGUACAAAAAAUGAAAUUAUCAUCAGGUUCAUCUAAUAUGGGACAAGACUCAUCAGCGAAAAGUCCGUGGACCGGCUGCAGUCAAUUUUUGCCAACAACACAGAAGAUCAUACAGUUCAGCGAUGGCAAACCACCAAAGCCGAAUGACAAAAUUGUGUAUGUGGCUGGCGCCUUCGAUCUCUUUCACGUGGGCCAUUUAGAUUUCUUGGAGAAGGCCAAAGAGUUGGGUGAUUAUUUGAUUGUUGGCCUGCAUACGGAUCCCGUUGUGAAUUCGUAUAAGGGUAGCAAUUAUCCCAUUAUGAAUUUGCAUGAACGCGUGCUCAGUGUGCUGGCGUGUAAGUACGUCAAUGAGGUGGUUAUCGGCGCACCCUAUUGUGUCACCGAAGAUCUGAUCGAUCAUUUCAAAAUCGACGUCGUGUGCCACGGUCAGACACCGAUUGCCUUCGAAGAUGGCAAAAUUGAUCCUUAUGCUGUACCAAAGACACGUGGCAUCUUCACGCUCAUCGACUCGCAAAACUCCAUGACAACUGAGCUCAUUGUGGAACGCAUUAUUUCACAUCGCAUCGAAUAUGAGCGCCGCAACAAAGCCAAAGAGAAGAAGGAAUGCGAGGCAUUCGAAGCGCUGCAGCGUGCCAAGCAAACACAGAAAGCCGGUUAGGAUUAGGCCAACAAGCCGGCGGGUCAGUGUGUACACGAGUGCAAUGCGCUUUAAGGCAUUGUGUCUUUGCCUUUAUACAUUUAGCAUUAGUUAGCGCAUAAUAAGUUUAGAGUAAAUAGCGAGACGCGCACACACUGGACCCGCUCGGUUGAUGAACGCUGUGCUGCAGCACUAACGCCUACAACAAAAUCUUUGUUUUAGUUGAAGACAUGCGCUUUUUAAGUUUUCUAUUGUAGUAGUGUAUUUUUAA